AUGCCCAGUUCCAGCGUCGCAGCGCGCUCGCACUCACUUCUAAUAACCCGAUUUUCCAUACACACAACGCUUUUGGUGAUCGAAUGCCUUGCUCAACAUGGGACUUUAAAUCCAAGAGGGCAAUCAGAAGUUCCCGAGGAGUGUAGCAAUGUCCUGAGUAGAAUAUUUUUCUUUUGGGUUAAUCCGUUCUUAUUCCAAACUUUUAACAACAUUGCCGCUCUAAAGUUUGCCCCGGCCCUGACCCGAGGCAUGCAGCCCAAAACAAUGAGGGCGGCAGCGAUCCAAACCUGGGUACAACGAGCGCAACCAGAAAAGAGAAUAAACUUGUCUCUUACGUUGCUGAAGUGCGUCAAGAAGCCAUUCCUUGUGGCUAUCAUACCGCGCUUGUUCUUGAUCGGAUUCAAGUAUUCGCAACCACGUCUGAUUAGGCAGUGCAUUUUCUUCGUCGGCGCUGAUUCUUCCGCGAAGGAUACCAGCUAUGGCUACUGGAUUGUCGUAUCGGCUAUCGUCAUCUAUAUCGGUAUUGCGGUGUCAUCAGGCGCUUACCAGCAUAGACUAAACAAGCUGAAGAUCAUGGUUCGAAGCAUUCUCGUGGGUCUUAUUCACGAGAAAGCCAUGUGUCUUCCGAGUGUUACCUAUGACGAUGGCGCUGCAACAACCCUCAUGAGCACAGAUGUUGAUUACCUUAAUAUAAAUAUCGAGAUAGUUCACGAAAUAUGGGCCUAUCUCGUGGAGCUUAUAAUAGGAGUAACUCUGUUAGCUAUGGAGGUUGGCUGGAUAUGGCCGCUGCCACUGCUACUCAUUUUAAUUUUUUCGCGUCUGGGCCUCUACGUCACCAGGGAUCUGCAUUCUGCGCAGACUAACUGGAACCAAUCAACGCAAGAUCGUGUAGCGGCAACAAGUUCAAUGAUUGACUCAAUGAAAGCUAUCAAGAUGCUUGGAUUGAAGAAAAGGCUUUCUGAGCGCAUCGAGAAGUUGCGACAACGAGAGCUAGAGCUAGCUUCCAAAGUCCGCUGGAUGAUGGUUUAUUACAACGCAUGUGCCAAUUCCCUUGGAAUAUUCUCUCCAGCCCUCACACUGGUCGUCUUCGCUCUACUUGCCAAUGCGCAUGGGCAACCAAUGGACACAGCAACUGCUUUCACUACUAUUGCCAUACUGAGCAUGAUUAUGCAGCCUGCCAACAUGGUCAUGACAGCCGUGGCCCGUAUCACAGCAGCCUUGGCUAGUCUUGAUAGGAUUCAGACUUUUCUUUUGCGGCCCUCUUUAGUCGAUUACCGAGAGUUGACAACGAAUCUCUCACUUAAUGAAAAAGAAGGAAUCAGUUCGCCCCAGAAACUGGCAAAGCCGGCGCCAGCCAUCUUAAUCCAUGGCUUAACUGUCGGCGUGUUCAAGCACAAUGUCAACUUGGAACUGGAUUGCGGAACUUUCGCUAUCAUUUCAGGUCCCGUAGGAAGUGGAAAGUCAACUUUACUAAGAGUACUGCUAGGUGAAGCACCACCGGUUAACGGUAAGAUCUACCUUAGCACCCGACACAUAGCAUACUGUGCGCAGACGCCCUGGGUCCCUAGCGGGACCAUAAGAGAUAUAAUUCAAGGAACAACGAAGAACAAGAACGAACAUUGGUAUCACCAAGUUACUGAGGCCUGCUGUCUCUCUCAUGACUUUAGCACCUUGCCCGAUGGCGACGCGACGCAAAUUGGGAGCAGGGGUCUCAAUUUGUCUGGCGGUUUGAUGCGGCGUGUGUCACUUGCACGAGCUGUUUUUUCCAGGUGUAAGAUCGCUCUGCUGGAUGAUGCGUUCAGUGCUCUAGAUGGAGAUACAGAGAGAACCGUUUUCAACAAUCUGCUUGGACCUAAUGGCCUGUUCCGGCAGAUGGGAACCACGGUGAUACUGGCUGCCAACUCAGCUCAGUACUUUCCCAUGAGCGAUCACGUUGUUAUCCUGGGCAACAAUGGCGUGUCUGAGCAAGGCAGAUGGCAGAGUCUUAGCACUAAAGCAGCAGACAUACACAAAUUCGUUCAAGAGAGCGAUCCUAGAGAACCACUUACAGCAUCGAAUCAAUUAAAAAUAAGGCAGCAGACCGCCGAGACCGAAAUAUACAAACGAACAGGGGAUAUCGCCCUUUAUGGAUAUUAUUUUAGGCUUUCUGGCUUGAUCAACGUCGCCCUCCUUGUGGGAUGGACGGCGUCGUAUGCUUUCUUUAUUUCUGUGCCCCAAUACUGGCUGAAGCUGUGGACCGAGUCGGAGGAUGGCAGUACUUUAUACUAUAUCUCGGGGUUUUUAUUCCUUUGCGUCUGUUCUUUGGUAUCAACACAUGGGACAAUCUGGGCUACCGUAAUCCGACUUGCUCCCAAUUCGGGACUGCAAGCUCACCGGCGCCUUUUAAACAUCAUUAUGAAUGCACCUCUCUCCUUCUUUUCCACAGUUGAAAAUGGCUCGAUCUUAAACAGAUUCAGUCAGGACAUGGAAUAUGUCGAUCAGCAAUUACCAAUGAUCAUGGCAAGCGUGAGCCAUCAAAUAUUCAAGCUUUUUAUGCAGGCUGCUCUUCUCUUUACCGCUCAAAAGUUACUGGCAUUGUCACUUCCCGUCUGUCUCUUCGUAGUAUACAUAAUACAGACAAUAUAUCUGCGCACUUCGCGGCAGCUCCAGCUCUUAGAACUUGAGUCACGCGCUGCCGUUUUCUCCAGUUUCCUUCAGUCAAUUGAAGGGCUCGCGACUAUACGAGCCUUUGGCUGGCAGCAGGCGACUAUUCGUGAAAAUGUAGAUAAUCUGCACCAGUCUCAGCGCCCGGAAUUUCUUCGUCUUACUCUCCAGAGAUGGCUCGGCAUUGUGCUUGACCUGAUUGCUGCGGCCAUGGCUGUCCUCGUCAUCAGCAUUGUGACGAAAUUUCGUGACCACAUCAGCGCUGGUCAAGCGGGUGUUGCAUUGAACGUGAUGCUAGUUGCUAAUGCGACACUCCUAAACUUGGUCGAUGGGUGGACCAAAUUGGAACUUGCUCUAGGAGCAAUGGCCCGUGUCAAGUCUCUCGAAAGGUCUACUCCACCCGAGGCCCAAAUCACAGAAGAUGACUUCAAGCCCGAAGGCAAUUGGCCCUCUAAAGGGGCGAUUAUCUUCCACGGGGCAACAGCGGCUUACCACUCUGGCGCAGUUGCGCUGCAGGAUGUCAAUUUGAGGAUAGAGGCUGGCCAAAAGGUUACCAUCCAUGGUCGUACAGGCAGCGGCAAAAGCUCUCUCAUUUUGUCUUUAUUGCGAAUGUUAGAACUACAGUCAGGCCAAAUUGAGAUAGAUGGCGUCGACAUUAGCAACAUACAGCCUGAAAUACUCCGGCAGCGUUGCUUCGUCACUAUAUCACAAGAUGUCUUGCUUUUAUCGAACGAAACGUUGCGCUUCAAUCUUGAUCCAGAAGGUUUCCUCUCGGACUCAUUCAUUAUAGAGAAGCUCGAGACAGUUGGGCUCUGGUCCCAACUUGUGAGCGGCAGUGUUGAGAGACGAGGAAGAUGCGAAGAUGCUGAAGAGUGGAGUGCAGAGUGUGGCAGCACGGAAACAGCACCCUCUUCUCUGGAACCCAAUAUUCUUGAUAUCAGGAUUGCAAACUUGGCUGAGCUCUCAGUUGGCCAGCGUCAACUGCUUGCCCUCUGUCGUGCUCUCAUCAAGGCUGACUCUCUUCGACUUACUCGAAUCCAACCAAUAAUCCUCCUUGAUGAGGCAACUUCCUCGCUUGACAUUGAAGCGGAAAAGAAAAUACAUGCUAUUGUUGAUGAGGAGUUCACCAAUAAAAAUCACACCGUCAUCCUGGUAGCUCACAGGUUGGGAGACAUACAAACCCAUGCGAAAACCAGCAAAGAGGUUGUCGCCUUCAUGGCUGACGGGCGAUUAACCCAAGUUAUCGAGGCUUUAGUCCCGGACUUUUUGAAGAAGGGCUCAUUCCAGAGGAUGGCCAAAUGCUCUUCGAGAGAAUCUCUCGUAUCGUAA